CUACUCCUCCUCUGUGUCUCUUCACUCUAAUCCGAAACACAACCACUCGUGACCCCGGUACUCCCAGAACUCUCCUCGCCGUCGCGGCGUCGCGCACCGCCUCGCUCGCUAGCCAGCUCCGGAUUCGGCUCCAGCGCCACCGGGCUGGCUAUCUGCUGCUCGUUUUGCAAGUUCUCAGACAUCCCGAGAUAUGGCAACUACUACCGUCACAGCACCAAUCCUCUGCAACCUCAGCGCCAAGCCACAGAACAGCCUACGCCUGACGCGCUCAGCGAACGACGGCACAGGACGACGACUGUACCUGAGCUCGUCAAGGAGCACGCCCACCACGCUGGCGCCGGCCGGCGGCGGCGUCAGGGACCGCAGCGACUUCCGCGCCGCCGCGGCCGUCUACAAGGUGAAGCUCGUCGGGCCGGAGGGGAAGGAGGGCGUGACCGUGAACGUGCAGGAGGACACCUACAUCCUGGACGCGGCCGAGGAGGCCGGCGUCGACCUGCCCUACUCGUGCCGCGCCGGCGCGUGCUCCACCUGCGCCGGCAAGGUCGUGGAGGGCACCGUCGACCAGUCGGACCAGUCGUUCCUCGACGACACCCAAGUCGGCGCCGGCUACGUGCUCACCUGCGUCGCGUACCCGACCUCGGACUGCGUCAUCCAGACUCACAAGGAGUCAGACCUGUAUUAGUCAGCUAUACUAGUAGCUAGCUUGCUUGCAUCGCAUGCGUGCACCGGUGCAGCAGUGAUCGAUCCAGUCCAGUCCCAUGGAUUGAUCUCUGAUCCAUCGCUCUCCGUGCAAUCUUUUUACUGUGGCUUUGCACAUGUACUUGCCGUGCGUUGAAACUAGCCAGAACAUACCAUCAUCUUCCACUCCGAUUGAAUUUAAGUGUACGUUCUUGUCUC